UGUUUGGCUAAAACAAAUUCGCUUGCCAAAUGCAUGGGGUCAUGAACUGGAACUAGGUUAGAGGCACAGAAGAUAGUGAUGAUGGUGUAGGUAACAGACACAGUGACGCGUGGUGUGCGUAAUUGGGCCAAAACGUGUGCGUAUUGUGCGUAAUGAGCGAGGCACUGUUCGACACCAGGACCUUUUUACCCAGAACCUAACUCAUAUCCAGCCCGUACGUCGUUGUACUUUACUAGCACAGAGAGUCCUAAAAUUAAAUGCCAGUAGAUUGAGUUCUUCUCCUGAUGGGUCACGUGUGUGUGUAAUUGAACGCAUGCAGUCACUCAUUAGGUCCUAAGUGGUGUUUUAGCUCUUCGCCAUCGAAAUACAUACAACAGAGAGUAGUUCAUCUGUAUUUGAUUUGCAAACCUGUGUGUGUUUGCGGUGGUUGUUGUUUUCCCUGCAUAUAGGUCUCCCAAGUGUAAGGGAACGGACUCUUAUAGCUAUAAAGCCAGAUGGAGUUCAACGUCGUCUUGUUGGACAGAUCAUUCAGAGAUUUGAGCAGCGGGGCUUCAAGCUGGUUGGCCUGAAAAUGUUGCAGGUGUCUGAGGAUCUCCUGUCUCAGCACUACAGUCAACUGAGGACUAAGCCUUUUUAUCCCAGCCUUGUGCAUUACAUGACUUCAGGACCUGUGGUUGUCAUGGUGUGGGAGGGUCACAAAGUAGUCCAGGCGACACGUACCAUGGUGGGUCAUACUAACCCAGCUGAAGCCCAGGCAGGCACAGUCAGAGGAGAUUUCAGCUUUCAUGUCAGCAGAAACGUGGUUCAUGCCAGUGAUUCAGUGGAUGGGGCACAGAGGGAGAUCCAGCUGUGGUUUCAGGGAAAGGACCUUCUGAACUGGGACUGCUGUGACCAGACCAUCACCUGCGAGCUGUGAAGACACAGAGUUGAACGCAGUGAGAAUCAGUCAUAGUACCUCUUCUCCUGUUGCUCAGAGAUCUGGUUUGUGACAGUGUGACCACUGUGACUGAAAAAGAUGAGUUAUAUUCAGUGUUCCUACUUAAUAAUUUACCUCAGUAAGUGCACUUACAAUCACAAAGAGUUUUUUAAUACUUCAGGCUACUGUAGCAACUACACACAUAGAUUUUUAGCUGUUCCUUAAUUGAACUACCAUAGUAGGAGUUUGUCUUUGGUGUCAUUAUAAGAUGUGUGUAGUAAUCAGUAUUCAUUCUGGCAUUGCAGCUGAUAGAUACAGUAUUUUAACAGUUAUUGUGAAACAAUGGACUGCACUCUGGAACCAUUGUGGAUUAAAUUAAUUAGACUUGAAUGAUAGAUGCAGACAUUGUCAGUGGCUCAGUAUUUGAUUUCUAGCUGAAAUAUUAUUUUAUAUUUUGGCAGAAAGCAAGUACAACAUGAGUGUAUCCCACAAUCACCCAAUAUGCCAAAUCUUUCUGACUUAUGGAUAAAACUUGAUGUGCCUGUGUAUUUUAGACACCCUGUCUUUUAUCCCCAAAUCAUAGUGAACUGUAAUCUAAAAAACUAGCAGUCCCGAUAGUCUACACAGCUAUUAAGCUAUAACUUACUUUAUGACAAAACCAAAUUACAUUUUACCAAACAAUUAAGACAAAGUGGGAUCUAAUUUAUAUAACAUAUUCCCACAUGGCCUCACUGUGAAGGAAUAAUAAGUAAAAUACUGUGUGUGUGAAUAUAUAUAUAUAUAUAUUCAAAUGUAACAAAUGCCUUUUUUUUAUGAAUUCUUUACUUGAACAAUGUCCUCAAAUACUUUAAGUAAUGAUUCUACUUGACUGAAAUUUUAAUUGAGUUCAAUUUGUAUACUGAGAUUGUUUAUUAAUUGUCUUAUCUUUGUUUAAAACCACUGUGAGGCUGAAGAAAUUAAAUAUGAGAGUGAACUAUUUCAAGGCAUGGACAAAACUGUCUGAAAUGGGAAUAGUUGUUUGUAGUUGAGCCUAAAUUAAUGAUCACUUGUUGAGCAUUUGAUCUCUGCUAAAUGUAAUUUGUAAAAUGUGUUGGUGCUGUCAGUGUGAAAAUGUACCGAAGUCUUGUACUUCAAAGCUCUGUAUGAUGAUGAUUUACCUCCUUGCUUCUUUAAUUCUUCAUACAGUUCAAAAGUCUUAUCUUACACUCAAUUAUUAAAUGUAAUGUAAAACCUUCACAGGAUUUUUUAAAAUUGUUUGUCUUGAUCUAUAAUAAGUAAACUCAUGAUACAAUAAUAUGAUACAAAAAUAACACAUAAUGUUUUAUUCGAGCCAGUAUAUUGACAGCAAUGUAUCUCUUAUGUUUCUGUAUUGUACAUUACGUCAUGAUAUGCUGUACAAUCACAAUGAAGAACACUGAAUCAGAAAGCAUUUCAGUCUCCAUAGAACAUCAUAGAAGGAGUCAGGACUGAAAUUGUAUAUUUAGAACACCAGUUUGUGUGUAUUUGGUCUAAAACAACUGACUGUAGCAAUCAACAUUGUUUUAAUACAGCCUGAUGUGCAAGCAAUAAAAACUCGAAAUCAGUCAAA